AAAAAUCAAUCUUUCUUUUGAAGUCCUAAAACAACAAGAAAUACGAGAGGAAAGAGGCAAAAUAUACGUUUUCUAUGAUUUUGUAUUGAUUCUGCCUCAGUCAAGAUGGAAGUUCAGACUGUCAGGUGGCUCUCCCUCUUCUCUCUCCUCUACACGGCUCAGUGUGGGGAGGUGACUGUGGCUCACAGUCCUUCAAAUCUGCGCUUCGGAUCAGCAGGAGUCCUGCGUGCAACCCACCUUGAUGAUGUCUUAGCAGCCUCUCUUGGUUAUACUCCAGAGUCGGCUCCAUGGAAGGGUCUGACCAUCACAUCCCCCUUCAACCUGCCCAUAGCUGCAGUCGUAGUAGAGGUGCAUGGGGGUGGAGCUAGUGUGCGGCAAGAGGGAUCAACCUAUAGCCUGAAGGAAGACACAACUCUCGAUGAUGUUUUCCAGCGCAUGAAGGCUGUCAUAGGAUACAGAGCUCAGAGGGAAACACUCUUCAAACGCAUCACUGUGGAUGAUAAUUUGGAUGAAGACAAAUACCAUGGGUCCACCCUUUCAUCCGAGGUACUUAGUCCCAAUGAGGAGCCUGAUUCAACCUUCUUGCGAGAGAUGGAUGCCCUUGUGGAUGCUGCAGAGAAGGUUGGGGAUAUAACAACCACAGCCCAUGGUGGCCAGGACAUCAUCUUCCUGCAGGUCAAUUCUCUGGCACCACUAGUCAAAACAUAUGGGCCAGAAUCAGCAAAGGUUAAGGAAGCAGAAAAGAUCCUGAGAAAACAGCUUGUUCAAGUCACAGACAUGAUGCGCCACAUUUAUAAUGACAGAGUCUUGGUUGCUACGGCUACAGUGGAGCAGCUAGAGGAACUCUCACGAUCUUCACGUUCCAUUCUCCAGAGUGAGGAUGUGAACUUGGAAGACUACAACCUUGCCACCCAGUACACAUCAGACUACCCUGCCAUAUUCAACAUUGUCUUGUGGCUGAGCAUCAUCUUGCUCCUUGCAGUCUUGGCAACAUCUGUUGCCAUGGCUACCAUGGAUCCUGGACGUGAUUCCAUCAUUUAUCGCAUGACCAACCCACGUAUGAAGAAAGACAACUAAAGCAGCAUAUAGUAUAUAUCAGUUCUGUUAUAACUAUUUUUUCUUCCUCAUUAAUUUUUUUAAUAUUUUAAGUUAAAGCACAAACUUGUGGAGAAAAAACAGUUUAUAAAUGAGAAGUUAAUUACAGGGUUAUACAUUAUUUUUCAUUUCUAUUGAAGUUUAGAACUUGUGCUGGAGAUGAUUAUUGAGCUUAGAAAUGCAAUGAGUUAUUAUUAUCAUCUCUCAUCUUCAGUUUUCUAAAGUGUGUUAAAAUACAAGCUUAUUACAUUUCACAGAGCAUGUUGUAGAACUAGUCUUUGUGAGUUUAAACCAUCAUAUCUAGAUGUCAAUAGACUUUCUAUACCACAUCUUUUGUCAGUUAGAUAACAAUCAAUGUUUCUUGUGGUUGUCAUGAUAUGGGUACAGUAUCUUGUAAAUUAGUCAUACCUUCUUAUUUGUGAAUUAUAGGAAUGUACAGUUUUCUUUUAUUUGCUUUGAGUGAAAGUUUAAAGUCAAAACUCUUAAGAACAUUCCAUCUGAUUACAUAUUUCUGGUAUUUCCUUGCCGCCAGGAAUCAAUAACUAUGUGAGGGUGAAUGUGUACCUAUUUAUGAUGUAUGUAUAUGUCUUAAUUUGUUGUAUAUAAAAUGUAGUGGAAUGGUUUUAUCAUGGAUUGUAAAUUUUGUUAAGGAAGAUAGUCUAUCUAUACUUAUUCUGUGUUUCCUUUACACGCUACUAUACAGUUCUUUAUCAACAACUACAUGCAAUUCAUGAAGAAAGAUAGUUUGUGAAUAUGUACAGUGCAUGCAUGAAUUUAUUUAAAUGUAAUGAUUAUUAGUAAAUAAAAUUCAAAUAAUUAGAAAAAAAGGAGAAAGCUUUAACAGUUUCCUAUAUUAGUGGUCAUUGCAUAAAAAUCUUAGAAUUGACUUACAAACCAGAAAGAUUUGAAGACCUAAGUAUUCUGCAGUGUAUAAGAAGAGAACUAGAAUAAGCUGCACUAACAAUGAGCCAUUUUAAUUAAUUUCCUGACAUGGGUAUAGCAUGUGUCAAAAUAAAUUUUUACAACUGAAAAGGAAUAUGAUGAUAGUGUUAAUGAGCAUAGCAACACACAGAUAUAUGCAUAUAUAGAACUAUACAUGACUUGCUAACUUAUUCACAUGGUAUAUGAAUUAUUACUUUAUUAAUUACAGAAGUAAUGUUACAGAUGAUACAUUAUAUUCUGUAACUUAUAUGUAUAUAGGUUUUACCUUCAGUCCUCAAUUUCCAGCACUCUGUAGGUAUAAGUUUGGGGAUUGGCUUACAAAACAUUUAACCUUUCAUGGAUUGGUGUUUUAUGGUUUGAAAUCCCCCAUACUUCAAAAUGUAAGACUUGGUAGCAGAGCCUGCAUCUACUCUAAUACUUUGCUUGACUGACAAGAUUAUUUUUUCUGUGUUGCAAGUAAUGGAGUUAUUAGUCCAAUGAAUGUUAAUGUUGAUUUUGUGUUUGUAAAUAUAUUACUACUACCAUAAUCAGGCUGUGGGAAUCAAGUUGCAUUAUUACAUACUUAAAACUAGAUGUGGACUUAUGUUCUCCAGUACAUAUGUUUCACGGUCCUUGGCUAACAUCAGGUGGACAUCUGUAACAGCGAUCUUAUCCUUUCUAAUAUUGUGAUUCAUAUGGGCAAAUUUCUGUGUAAAUAGAUUUUUGUUCAUAUCCAGGAAUGUUUGAAUGUGCUUUCAAUGUAAAGGAACAGUAACUUUUAAUGUCUUCACCAUCUAUGCACAUGUCUGAUAUCAAUUACAGUCUACAAGGGACCUUUA